AUGAGCCCGGCUGAGGUUCUGCCCCAUGGGGUGGGAUGGGGCGGCAGCGGGCUCCUUCCUUUUGGGGGGCUUGAGGAGCUGGGGGAGGACGCGGAGUCCCAGCGGAGAGCUUUCUCCGACGAGGUGCCUGGCCUGAAUUUUGCCAAUGAGGAGGAGCACGGCUUGGGCUGGCAGGCUGCUUUGGCGGGGGUGAAGCUCGGGUGGUGGCAAGGUCUCCCAGGCCCAUCGCUGUCGGAGCCCGGCCAGAAGCUGCUGCCCGUAAAGGUGCUGUCGGGCUGUGCCAUCAUCGUCCGCGGGCAGCCCCGAGGUGGGCCGCCCCCCGAGCGCCAGAUCAACCUCAGCAACAUCCGUGCCGGGAACCUCGCCCGCCGUGCCGCCGCGGGCCAGCCGGAUGCCAAGGACACCCCGGAUGAGCCCUGGGGGUUCCCGGCUCGCGAGUUCCUGCGGAAGAAGCUGAUCGGGAAGGAGGUCUGCUUUACCGUGGAGUACAAGACCCCGCAGGGCCGGGAGUACGGGAUGGUGUACCUGGGUAAAGACACGAGCGGCGAGAACAUUGCCGAGUCCCUCGUGGCCGAAGGGCUGGCUUCCCGCCGGGAAGGGAUCCGAGCCAACAACCCCGAGCAGAGCAGGCUGGCGGAGCUGGAGGAGCAGGCCAAGAGUGCCAAGAAGGGGAUGUGGAGUGAGGGGACGGGCUCUCACACCAUCCGGGAUCUCAAGUACACAAUUGAAAACCCCCGGCACUUCGUCGACUCCAUGCACCAGAAGCCAGUCAACGCCAUCAUAGAGCACGUCCGGGACGGCAGUGUGGUGAGAGCCCUCCUCCUCCCCGAUUACUACCUGGUCACCGUCAUGCUCUCGGGGAUCAAGUGCCCCACGUUCAAGCGGGAGGCGGACGCCCCCGAAGUCCCCGAGCCAUUUGCGGCCGAAGCGAAGUUCUUCACAGAGUCGCGGCUGCUACAGAGGGACGUGCAGAUCGUCCUGGAGAGCUGCCACAACCAGAACAUCCUGGGCACCAUCCUGCACCCGAAUGGGAACAUCACCGAGCUUUUGCUGAAGGAGGGCUUUGCCCGUUGCGUGGACUGGUCCAUCGCCGUCUACACCCGCGGCGCCGACAAGCUGCGCGCGGCCGAGAGGUUCGCCAAAGAGCGCAAGUUGAGGAUCUGGAGGGACUACGUGGCCCCCACGGCAAACCUGGAUCAGAAGGACAAGCAGUUUGUAGCCAAGGUGAUGCAGGUGCUGAACGCGGACGCCAUCGUGGUGAAGCUGAACUCUGGGGACCACAAAACCAUUCACCUGUCCAGCAUCCGACCCCCCCGGCUGGAGGGGGACAGCACGCAGGACAAGAACAGGAAGCUGAGGCCCCUCUACGACAUUCCCUACAUGUUCGAGGCCCGGGAGUUCCUGCGCAAGAAGCUCAUCGGGAAGAAGGUGAACGUGACGGUGGACUACAUCCGACCAGCCAGCAGUGCCACCGAGACCGUGCCCGCUUUCUCCGAGCGCACGUGUGCCACCGUCUCCAUCGGAGGAAUCAACAUCGCCGAGGCGUUGGUGAGCAAGGGCCUGGCCACCGUCAUCCGCUACCGGCAAGACGACGACCAAAGAUCCUCACACUACGACGAGCUCUUGGCCGCGGAGGCUCGGGCUAUCAAGAACGGCAAAGGGCUGCACAGCAAGAAGGAGGUGCCGAUUCACCGAGUGGCCGACAUCUCUGGGGACACCCAGAAGGCGAAGCAGUUCCUGCCCUUCCUGCAGCGCGCCGGCCGCUCCGAGGCCGUGGUGGAGUACGUCUUCAGCGGCUCCCGGCUGAAGCUUUUCAUGCCAAAGGAAACCUGCCUCAUCACCUUCCUGCUCGCAGGCAUCGAGUGUCCCCGGGGAGCCAGGAACCUGCCGGGGCUGGUCCAGGAGGGCGAGCCCUUCAGCGAGGAGGCCACGCACUUCACCAAGGAGCUGGUGCUGCAGCGAGAGGUGGAGGUGGAGGUGGAGAGCAUGGACAAGGCAGGGAACUUCAUCGGCUGGCUGCACAUCGAGGGUCUCAACCUGUCGGUGGCCCUGGUGGAGCACGCCCUCUCCAAGGUCCACUUCACCGCCGAGCGCAGCCCCUACUACAAGGCGCUGCUGGCCGCCGAGGAGGCCGCCAAGCAGAAGAAGGAGAAGGUGUGGUCCCACUACGAGGAGACCCCGGUGGAGGAGGUGGUGCCGGUGCUGGAGGAGAAGGAGCGCACAGCAAACUACAAGCCCGUUUUCGUGACGGAGAUCACAGACGACCUCCACUUCUACGUGCAGGACGUGGAGACGGGCGCCCAGCUGGAGAAACUGAUGGAGAACAUGCGCGCCGAGGUGGGCAACCACCCACCCGUGGAGGGCUCGUACGCCCCACGCCGUGGAGACUUCUGCAUCGCCAAGUUCGUCGACGGAGAAUGGUACCGGGCCCGGGUAGAGAAGGUGGAGUCGGCCGCCAAAGUCCAUAUCUUCUACAUUGACUAUGGCAAUAAGGAGACGCUGCCCGCCACACGCCUGGCCGCUCUGCCCCCCGCCUUCAGCACCCGCGUCCUGCCGGCGCAAGCCACCGAGUACAAGUUCGCCUUCAUCCAGGUGCCCCAAGACGAUGACGCACGGGCGGACGCGGUGGACAGCGUGGUACGGGACAUCCAGAACACCCAGUGCCUGCUCAACGUGGAGCACCUGGGACCGGGCUGUCCCCACGUCACCCUCCAGUUCGCCGACUCCAAGAGCGACGUGGGGCUGGGACUGGUCAAGGAGGGACUGGUCAUGGUGGAGGUGCGCAAGGAGAAGCAGUUCCAGAAAGUGAUCACCGAGUACCUGAAUGCCCAGGAGACGGCCAAGAGCGCCCGGCUGAACCUCUGGCGCUACGGGGAUUUCCGCGCGGACGACGCAGACGAGUUCGGCUACAGCCGCUAAGGGAUGCUUUGG